AUGAAGCAUCGCAACAAGGCGGCCGACUGCCUCCGCGAACCGCUCGCCGGCACGUUGCCGACCAAGUGCCAGCAGCUGAAGAAGGGCUACGGCGACUGCAAGCGUGGCAUGGUCGACAUGCGCAAGCGCUUCCGCGGCAACAUGCCCGUCACCUACAAGACGCUCGAGGGCGCAUCCGAGGGCGGCAAGGGCUACCAGAUGUACGCGGGCAAGCCAGCCUUUGCGGGCGGCGUCAAGGAGACGAGUGGAAACGAACCGAUUCCGCCGGACUGGCGGGACGUGGAGAACGAAAAGUAUCGGCUCGAGCAGCAGCAGCAGCAGCAGCAACCGGCCAAGUGA